AUGGCCUCGUCUUCUGUGGCCAAACCCUCUGUUUCUGCGAGGCUAGAAAGUCAUGAAGCCGACGAGAUGACGGACCUUGACAAACACGUCUUAGCCUUAUUCAAGCAGUUAGUUGCCUCCGCUGAAAGACAGACGGAAGAAGAUGCGCCCACACCUGGUCUAGGGAGCUCAAAAGAAGCAGAACUUCAAGCAGAUACUACAAUCAUUUUCAGCGCGUCGUCUGCCGUGAAAAAUGCUGUUGCCGAGAUCCAGCAGUUGUGUCCAGCCCUCGACAAGAGCGACGAGCUGGAGGUGUACUUAACAUCGUUGUGGGAGACGUUCAUCCUUGUAGCCAAAUCCAUACCAAGUGACAGCCCUCUUCAAGAUGAGCUAGUAGCUGUUCUCCAGUGCUUGCGGUCGAGAGCUAAGGCCACGAUCGAGGUAUGGGGGGAACAAGCUCGCCUCUGGCGAGACUUGCCUUUGUUCUCGGCUAUGGUGCGCGAAGCUUGGUAUGACCCUGAUCCUAUGGCGAUGGAAAAAACUUCAAUUGAAGAAUACGCAUCUAUUCUUGUGGAAUGGAUCAAUCUCAACGCUUUUUCCGCCCGAAUUAUGGAAAAGGGACUGCUUCAAUGGACAUUGUACGCUGUUAUGGCAGUUGGAGCAGCGCUGGAACGUUACCCCCCACCGUUGUCACCCAUCAUGGAGAGCGAUAUGGAGGGGGAGGACGAGACGGUCGAGGGGAUCGAGGAGAGCGAGCAGAUCAAGGAAGAAGCGCGCAUGUACUUUGAAUGCCAGGUGAGCGUCGCUUGUCAAUGGAUCUUGCUCAGCGGCUCUGAGAUUUUCAGAGAUGCCUUUCACCAAAAAACCCUUAACGAGACGGAGCUGGCAUCGACAAAUCCAGGUCCUCUUUACAAGGAAGACGGCAGGGGGAAGCCGGGACUUAACAUGGAUCGAUGGCGGUUUUGGCAGAAGCGUUUUGCGGAAAUUGGGUCUGACGAAGCGAAACGGGCAGCCCAGCACAUGGAGGAUAUUGUGAGGGAAGACGAUCGGGUGAUAGUACGCCGACUAGGGACCGCCGAAGAAGAUGGUAAGAGCGGGGGAGUAGUAAAAGAUACAUAG